AUGUCUUCUUCAGACCCAGAAGACUACAUGUCCGAUAUAUUCUUAGCGGAAGCACCGAAACCCAAAGAAUCGGCGCUCACAUACAGUGAACGCCGUCGGUUAAAAUUAUCGUCUAACAAAGGAUCUAUCAAACCACUCCGAGAACGUGAGAAAGAAAGCCGUGAACAAGGACUGAGCCAACGGAUAGAUACAGAGGAAAAUGCGUCGCCUGGAUUGAGGUUGCUUAGGAGAAUGGGAUAUAAAGAGGGCAUGGCAUUAGGAAGAUCAACGGGUGGAAGGAUCGACCCGGUACCUGUAGAGAUUAGACAAGGCCGAUCUGGUCUCGGACUGGAUACGGAAAUUAGAGAACGUGAGAGUGAAGAAGCAGAGCGUGUUGUUAAGAGAGCUAGAAUUGAUGAUGAAGAGUAUCGUUCGAGGAUACGAGAGGGACGACUAGAGAAACGGGCGUUCGCACAGUUGGAAUCGGCCAAGAGGAUAUGUGAGGAUUUAGACAUGAAGAUAGGUGUUGAGCAAAAUCCCCUUUGGUGGACUCCGGAGGCGGACCCCGCGGACGAUCAGUCAGCCCUGGCAGAGUCUAACGAAGCUGGGAACGAUAAGGGGAGACAGAGCGACAAGCAUGAUGAUGUAGCAGAUGACAGCUUAUCACCGGAAGACACGCGUACCCAACUCGGCAUCAUAAUUGGUUACCUGCGUGAAAAACAUCAUUAUUGCUUUUAUUGUGGGUCGAUGUACAAAGAUGCGGAUGAACUGGAGAGCUUGUGUCCGGGUGAAACGGAGGAAGAUCACGAUUGA